AAUCCCCAUUGCCACUAUCUCUCUCUCUCUCUCUCUCUCUCUCUCUCUCUCUCCCUCCUUCCCUCCCUCCAGCUCGCCCUCUCCUCUAACCAGCGUCCUUUUUCUCUAUAAAAAGUCUUGCUUUAACUUUAAAUAUUGAAGCCUACACAUCAAGUUUACAGCAUCAUACAGAGUGUGAAGCUAGCUUGCUUAUAUUAUUCUCUCUUUUAUUGACUCUUGAAGUUACUCCUUGGAACAACAAUCCAUCUCCUUCUGUUACUCCCCCUAUUUAUUGCUUCUUCUUCUCACAUUGGCUGUUUUUCUUCAACUAAACGAAGCAUGGCGGAGAAAGAGGAGCCGGAUUUCUCUUCUCAGUUACUACCCUCUGUUUCUCAGGUGGUCGAGGAGCUGAAAGAGCUAUGGAGCAUGGCUUUGCCCGUAACGGCCAUGAACUGCCUGGUUUAUAUCAGAGCAGUGGUGUCCGUACUAUUUCUGGGCAGACUGGGAAGCUUGGAACUAGCCGGCGGGGCGCUCUCCAUAGGCUUCACCAACAUCACGGGCUACUCUGUUUUGGUGGGUCUGGCGUCGGGACUGGAGCCAAUAUGUAAUAUGGAAAAUCUAUGUGACAUUAUGUCUCAAUGGCUAUUAUAUUUGAAACUACUAAUAAAAACCAGUUUAAUUUCCUUUUUAACUUUUAAAAGAAUAUUUUGUAUUUUUUAUAUAAUUUUUUUCCAGGUGGGUAAUGAACUGGGAGCCGGGAAGCCAGAAGCGAAGCUGGCGGCCACAGUGGCACUUGCCUGCGCUUUCCUAAUUGGCGUUAUCAACGUAAUAUGGACGGCGGCGCUGAGCGAGAGGUGGGCCAAUUUGUUCACAAACGAUCACUUAGUCACCACUCUAGUGGCCUCGGUCAUGCCCCUCAUAGGUAUCUGCGAGCUCGGCAACUGCCCGCAAACCACCGGGUGCGGCAUUCUACGCGGCACAGCCAGGCCAGUGGUGGGCGCCCGAGUCAACCUCCUCUCCUUCUACUUGGUAGGCACUCCAGUGGCAGUCGUCCUCGCCUUCUGGCUAAAGGUGGGAUUCAGCGGGUUAUGGUUCGGGCUGUUGUCAGCGCAAGUGGCGUGCGCCGUGUGCGUACUGUACGCGGUGCUGGUGUGUACGGACUGGGAAGCAGAGGCGUUGAAUGCCAGCAAGCUGACGAGCAUGGAGCUGAGCAUGGUGAAGGAGCAGAAAGAGGAAGAGAGCAGAGGGUUGUUGGUAAAUGGGAAUGGUAGUUAUAAUGAUGAUAGAUUAAUGGAUGAUGUGUUGUAGAUAUUUAGGGUUGAUUAAUGGAGGAUGAGGAAGAUGAAGAUGAAGAUGAAGAUGGGGUUGUUAAUUUCAUGUUGUUGUUUUUUGUUGCAAUGGUGUUGUGUGUUUGUGUUGUCUGGUGGGGGGCAGGCUGGUGGUUUUGAUGCCAUAGGAAGGUGUUAAAAAUAUUUUAACAAAGAAUGGCCUACAUUUAAUUUGCUA